AUGUCGUACAUUGAAGCGUUCUCUUCUCAAACAAUGACGGAUUUUCAUUGCAGACUGGUAACAAAGUUCUACCAGCACAUCCUUGCCUUGGUGUUUGCCAUCCAUGAGAUCAACAAGAACCCCAGCAUCUUGCCCAAUGUCACUCUUGGGUUCCACAUCUAUGACUCCACCAUGGAUCCGAAAUGGACUUACAGGACCACCCUGGACCUCCUCUUCACAUCACUUGAACUUGUCCCAAACUACAAAUGCGGCACCCAGAAAGAAGUGAUGGGUGUCAUUGGGGGAUAUAGUUCCGAUACCUCAUUAGACAUGGCCAUUCUCUUGAGUCGUUACAAGAUCCCACAGUUUUCGUGCCGCUCGCUUCAAUCAGAAGUGGAUAACCCAACCACUUUCCCUUUCUUUUACCACAUGUUCCCUAAGGAAGCCCUUCAGUAUGAGGGAAUUCUCCGGUUACUUCUCCAUUUCGGCUGGAAAUGGGUUGGGCUCAUCACUCUGGAUGAUGAAGGUGGAGACCAUUUCUUGCAGGCAUUGGAGCCGAUGCUCUCCAGCAAUGGAAUCUGUGCGGCCUUCAUAGAAAAGGCUACAACAAAGGUCCAGUGGGAUGACAUAGAUUUUAUGACCAAAUACUAUGGCAAUAAUAAAGCAGAUUUCCUGGACAGCAAAGCCAAUGCAAUUGUUUUACAUGGAGAGAGUGGAACAUUUAUGUGGCUGGCAGCAGUUAUAUCUUUACCCACACACAUAAAUACCCCAGCUGGUUCUGAUUAUGGGAUUAGAACCUCUGCAGGGAAAGUGUGGAUUACCACAGCCCAGAUUGAUUUUGCAUUCACUACUCACGAAAACACAUUUGAUAUACAAAUGUUCCAUGGUGCUCUUUCCUUCUCGAUUAACUCAAAGGACAUCUUAGGAUUCCAUACAUUUCUCCAACAAAUAAAACCUUCCUGGGCAAAGGGGGAUGGUUUUAUCAAGCAAUUCUGGGAACAAGUCUUUGAUUGUGCAUUGCCAGAUUCCAGUAGUGAAGCAGAGUCAAGUGAAACAUGCACUGGAGAGGAGAGACUGGAGUCUGUCCCUGCACCACUCCACACACUUCUUCAGAGAAUCGCUUUCAACAACAGUGCCGGAGAUGAAGUGACCUUUAACGAACAUGGAGAACUGAACAGUGGAUUUCAUAUUACCAACUUGGUCACUUUUCCAAACAGGUCCUAUGUCAGAGUCAGGAUCGGGAGGCUGGAUCCUCAAGUUCCACUUAGUCAAAGAGUUAUCAUCAACAAGGACAGAAUUAAGUGGAACAGACAUCUUGCGCAGCUGCCUCCUUUAUCUGUGUGUAAUGAUGACUGCAAGCCUGGUUACAGCAAGAAAAAGAAGGAAGGGGAACAAUUCUGCUGUUACUAUUGUGAUCCGUGUCCAAAGGGGAAAAUGUCAGACAAAGAGGACAUGGAUUCUUGCAUGACUUGCUCUGAAGGUCAUUAUCCAAACCUGGGACAAGAUCAAUGCAUUCCCAAGAUUACAAAUUUCCUGUCCUUUUCUGAACCCUUGAGCAUGAUUUUAGCCUUUUUGGCUCUCUUCUUCUCUCUGAUCACAGCCCUGGUUCUCUCCAUCUUUGUCAAGUACAAGGACACCCCCAUUGUUAAAGCCAAUAACCGGAGCCUCACCUACUGUCUACUCAUCUCUCUCCUUCUCUGCUUCCUCUGCUCCUUGCUCUUCCUCGGAAGGCCUAACAAGGUGACUUGCCUCCUCCGACAAACGACUUUUGGCAUCAUCUUCUCAGUUGCCGUUUCUUCUGUCUUGGCAAAAACUGUCAUGGUCAUUCUGGCAUUUAUGGCCUCUAAGCCAGGAAACAUUUUUAGAAAGUGGGUGGGGAACCAAUUGGCAUGGUAUAUUGUUAUCUUUUGCUUCUUUGUUCAAGUUGUCAUUUGUGCUGUUUGGCUGGUAUCUUCUCCUCCCUUCCCAGAUGUGGACAUGCAUUCACUCAGUAGAGAAAUCAUCGUGCAAUGCAAUGAAGGGUCAUCCCCCAUGUUUUACUGUGUCUUGGGCUACAAGGGGUUCCUGGCCUCAGUCAGUUUCAUGGUGGCUUUCCUCGCCAGGAAGUUGCCCGACAGUUUCAACGAAGCCAAGUUCAUCACCUUCAGCAUGUUUGUCUUCUGCAGUGUUUGGCUGUCCUUUGUCCCCACCUACCUCAGCACUCAAGGAAAAGACAUGGUGGCCGUGGAGAUCUUCUCCAUCUUCGCUUCCAGUGCUGGCUUGCUAGGCUGCAUCUUUUUCCCCAAAUGCUAUGUCAUUAUCCUGAGGCCUGAGUUGAACAGAAGAGAGCAGCUGAUCAGGAAAAAGCAUUAA